AUGGGGGAUUUCAAUGUCAUACUUCAUCCUUACGAAAGAACCAGAACGUUUCGAUGCGACAGAAGCAUGAGAGAGUUCUCGGAAUGGAUAGUAGAUUUGGGAUUAAUUGAUAUCCCGUUACAUGGCGUGAAAUUUACCUGGAGGAGAAAUGCAUCAAAAAGUAGGAUAGAUAGAGGUAUGUGCUGCAAUACGUGGCUUACGCAGUUCCCAAACUUAAUCUUGUUUGGGCUUUCAAGAAGCUCCUCAGACCACAAUCCUCUACUACUAACUCUGGAAGAUAAAAACAACUGGGGUCCCAAACCAUUCAGAUGCUACGAUGCGUGGUUCCUGAACCCAAACUUCAAGAAAUUCCUCAUAAAUGAAUGGCAAAACAUUCCGAAUGAAUCCCUACAGAACAAGUUGAAAAGCCUGAAAGCCCCCCUGAAAACAUGGAGAAAGGAACACUUCGAUCUCAUGGACAAUAGAAUAGCUGACCUCGAAUCAGUGAUUCAUGGGCUCGAAAGUACAAGUGAUGUCAGGAACCUCAACGAUAUGGAGAUGGCCAGGUUGAAGGCGACAAACAAUCUCCUUCACCAAUGGCUCAUAAGAAGAGAGAGAAUUUGGAGGCAAAGAGCAAGAUCGUAUGGGUUCAAAAUGAAAGACCACAACACAAAGUUCUUCCACGCCUCUACACUCUUUAAAAAAAAGAAGAAAGAGAUUACAAAAAUAAACAUCAAUGGCAGAAGCAUACAGGGGGUAUCAAACCUAAAAUCCGAAAUAAGAAAUUUCUUUGCACAAAGCUUCUCACAGGCUCCUGUCCCGGAUUUCGAUUUCUCUCUUGACAAUCACCCGAGAGUUACGGAAGCACAAUCACUCUUCCUUGAAAGAACCCCCUCCAGAGAGGAAGUAAAAGCAGGCUGUAUGGGCGUGUGGCAUUGA